GAAAACAAUGAUCCUUUACAGUCCUAUCUUCUCAUCCGCCGGCAUUACGCCACGUGGCAAAAUCACUUCGAAGAAUGCUUCGUCUUCUCCUCCGAUCCGAGUCAACUCGGGCGCUUCAGACUCGUUCUGUCCGAGCGGCCUAUGUUUUUGCGGAAGAAGACGCCUCAUUGAAGCAGCAGUGGCCACAUCUUUAUUCCCAGUUUGCCCUUCCACCUCCAUCGCUUCCAAUUUGCAGUCUGAUGAUUACGCGGCCACGUUGAGGAAAGUACACCCUCCUAGACCAGACUGGUACGAAGAGCUGUAUGCGUCAGUGUUGAACUCGGGCAUGCAGUCUUAUGAAGACGAGAUUGCUGGUUACAAGUCGGACCUGUUUGCUAAGUUGAAGGGAAAAGCUGAGAGAGUGUUGGAAAUUGGUAUAGGGACUGGUCCUAAUCUAAGAUACUAUGGCGCUGAUGAUGGUGUCCGAGUUUUUGGUGUGGAUCCUAAUAAGAAGAUGGAAAGAUACGCUCAGGCUGCGGCAGUGGCUGCUGGUUUGCCCCUUUCGAACUUUGACUUCAUCCAUGCAGUUGGCGAAGCCAUACCGUUAGAUGAUGCUUCAGUUGAUGCAGUUGUUGGAACCCUUGUAUUGUGUUCUGUAAAAGAUGUCGAUAAGACCCUAAGAGAGAUUAAGAGAGUUUUGAGACCAGGUGGACUCUAUUUGUUUGUGGAGCAUGUGGCUGCGAAAGAUGGGACAGCCCUCAGAUUUAUACAAAGUGUUCUUGAUCCUUUGCAACAAGCCCUUGCCGACGGGUGUCAUCUCACCCGGGAAACAGGAAUCAAUAUAUCCAGAUCUGGCUUCUCUGGCAUCGAGCUUAGCAUGACCUCCUUGUCCAGUACCUCAAUUAUAAACCCUCAAAUCUAUGGAAUAGCUUGCAAGUAGUAACAUACUCUGGUUGGUUUGAUGUCCUAACAUCCUGAAUAGUAUUGUUCCUUGUUUUGUUCUCAUUUCCAAUAUAGCUGAUGUUAAGAACAAACAGUAAUAGACCAUGUGGUUUCUUGGCUUUGGGAUAGUUCAUUUUCUACAAGGUUUUUUCAUUUCUUCCUCAGAAGGAAUAAUCAUCGUUCAUAAUCGACAAUAUUGUAUUGGAUUGUUAUUAUUGGAAGAUAAUGAUUUCAGUUUGCAGGCAUGCA